CCGCGCUCUUUCGACAGCAAAACAAACAAACAAACAGAACACCGCACCACCAGAAGUGUGUUUUGCAAACAUCAACCCUCCAAACCAGUGGUUUAGUGCCAAUUGCGUGCGGUGACCGAAAGUGAAGUGAGACUCGGUAGAAAGCGAAACGCACUGAUAUAGGAAGUGUCAACAUAAUUCAAUUGAAAACAAUCCACAACCGCCAGAAAGGGCCCCGUCCGCACGUCCGGCUUGAAGUUUAGAGUGGCCCCUCCCGGUUGGUGAUUGUAAAUUUUUGUGCGUUGUCCCUGUUCCGGCACAUAACUAACGACACCAUGCUGAAGUUCACCGUCGUCGCCAUUGGUGCGCUGGUCUGCAUCGCGGGUCUCGCUGUGGGGCAGGAAAUUCCGCCCUACAUCAAACAGUGCCGCCGGUCGGAUCCGGAGCUGACGGAUUGCCUCAAGGGAUCGCUGCAACACUUGCGACCCUAUCUGGCCAGGGGCAUCCCCGAGAUUAAGCUACCCUCGGUAGAGCCGUUCGUGAUGGAUCAGCUGUCACUGCAGCUGACCGGCGGACCUCAAGGAUACCGGAUCAACCUGAAGAACAUGGAAGUGUUCGGUGCCAGCAAUUUCACCGUGCGCUCGAUCAAACUUGUCGACGGCAACAAGCCAUUCGAGGCCCGGCUCACCAUCCCGCGGCUGCAGAUCCACGCCAAGUACACCAGCAGCGGCGUGCUGAUCAUCAUUCCUGCCAGCGGUUCCGGUGAUUUCGAUGCCGUGUUCGAUGGUGUGACCGCCGAGGUCAAGGGCCUGGUGUCGACGAGCGAAAAGCCGACCGGAACGCAUCUGCGCGUGGAGAAGCUCGAUCUCAACCUGGCGAUCAAGAAGCCGCGUCUGAGCGUGUCGAAGAUCUUCAACAACAACCGCAUCCUGACGGAAGCCACCAACCUCUUCCUGAAGGAGAACGGCCACGAAGUGUUGCGCGCACUGCAGCCACAGCUCCAGAAGAAGCUUUCCGGUGAAUUCACCGGCAUCGCCAACCAGCUGCUCGACAACGUCCCGAUUCACUUCUUCCUUGUGGACUAAGGCCGUCGCGUUGACCCGAUUGGUGAAGGCACUUUGUGAUACCCGCUGUUUAGUGUUAAGGCCCGAAUUCCCGCAUGUGCAGUACUUUUACAUUUUCCUAAGGCGGUUGGCUAGAAAGCGUGAGAUGGGCAGAGGAGCAAAAUCGAACGAAAUGGUGGUGACGCCUAGUCGCCCUCGCGACACGGAGUGGAUUUCAAAUAAGAAGGCCGGUCCGGUUGAUUGGCGAGCCCCGGCGAGCGAAACUGCACCCAAGGAGAGCCGUACCAUUUUGUAACACAUCUGACAUUUAUAUGCAGUAC